AUGUCAAGCUUCCUGCACAAAGCCGAAGACGCCCUGCAUCUGCAUCACAACAAACACCCCUCCCAGGCCCACGACCACCACCACGACCACCACCACGCCCAAGCACCCGAGCAGCCACAGCAACACCACCACCACCACCACCCACAACAACAACCCCACGACCCCAGGGCCCCUGCGCCGCCAGCCGUAGCCCACGAAGGCACCCACCACGACCACAGCCACCACGGCAAACGCGAGUCCCACCACCCUAGCCCCGCCGAGAUCGCCCGCGCGGAUUUCAUGGCCGACCGGCAGUACGACCGGAUCUUGAAGUCGCCCGAUCACGGCGCGGGGAUCGGGUUUGAGAUGUGAGAAUCCGGUCAGAAAGAGAUGUCGGAGGAUUGGUCAUCGGCGAUGAAAGCGAGUCUUUGAGUGUGGAAAUAUGAAUAAUGGAUAAUGAAUGGAAUUUGUUUCUUUGUGCUGUGAUUGUAUGCCCGGGUCUUGGCGGGGAUGGGGAUUGGUUAGUAAUCACUUUAUUAGGGACAAGCUCCGCCAAGUCGGGUUUGCUUGGGCAGUCGGUAGGGAUGGUGGGGUGCAUGCAUUGCAUUGUUGGCUUUGCUGUAGGGAUGGCGUAGGGUAAGUGUUGAUUUUUGGAAUGUUGCUAGGUUAGAUAGAUGAGGUGCGUGG